UCUCUCCCGGAAGUGAGGAAGCGGUGCGGGUCCCAGUAAUAGUAACAAGCGGCUGCCUGGGCUUGUAUGGUGCCCUCUGCAAGGGUUCCCCCCCCCCACUUUCCCAGACUUUAGCUAGCCCGGGCACGGCAGCCCGGGGGGGGGGGACUCCGGCGCAAGGGGGGGCCGAGCAGAGCUCCUGCUUUGGCUUCCCCGCUGAGGGGUGGCUGAGCAGCAGGAGGAGAAGGCGGCGGCGGCGGCGGCUGUAGGGGGAGAGAGAGCAAUGCGGCUCCGCCGCCAACAGCUCUGCCCGGACGCCACGCUUCCGCCACAGCCCGUUCCUCCUCCUCCUCCUCCCUCCUCCUCCGUCCUCCUCACGCCAUCACUGGGGGCCACGGCGUAGUGGCGCGCCCCCUCCCUCAGCACCGUAGGUAUGAGACCCGCCGAGACUCCCCGCCAGCACCAAAUUCGGGAAGGACACUGACAGCUAAAUUGCUGCCUUUAUACUGGAAAAGAGUGCCAUAAAGUGGGGAUGUCAAGGGUCCCUACUCCUUCACCAUCUGGAGAGAUGUCCAGUGGACCUGUGGCUGAAAGCUGGUGUUACACACAGGUUAAAGUUGUAAAGUUUUCUUAUAUGUGGACCAUUAAUAACUUCAGUUUCUGCCGAGAAGAAAUGGGUGAAGUUUUAAAGAGUUCAACUUUUUCUUCAGGGCCAAAUGAUAAAAUGAAAUGGUGCCUGAGAGUAAACCCAAAAGGUUUAGAUGAUGAAAGCAAAGAUUAUCUUUCAUUGUACUUACUGCUAGUUAGUUGUCCAAAAAGUGAAGUGAGAGCAAAAUUUAAAUUUUCUCUGUUAAAUGCUAAAAGAGAAGAAACAAAGGCAAUGGAAAGCCAAAGAGCAUAUCGAUUUGUUCAAGGCAAGGACUGGGGUUUUAAAAAAUUCAUUCGAAGAGACUUUUUACUUGAGGAAACUAAUGGUCUUUUACCAGAUGAUAAACUUACGCUAUUUUGUGAGGUAAGCGUGGUCCAAGACUCAGUAAAUAUAUCAGGACUGUCCAGUACAAACACCUUAAAAGUACCCGAAUGUCGACUAGCUGAAGAUUUAGGCAACCUCUGGGAAACCUCAAGAUUCACAGAUUGCAGCUUUUAUAUAGGAGGGCAAGAGUUCAAAGCUCAUAAAUCUAUCCUUGCAGCUCGUUCACCUGUUUUUAAUGCCAUGUUUGAACAUGAAAUGGAGGAAAGCAAAAAGAAUUGCGUAGAAAUAAAUGAUGUAGAUCCUGAUGUAUUUAAAGAGAUGAUGAGAUUCAUUUAUACAGGCAAGGCUCCAAAUCUUGACAAAAUGGCUGACAGCUUGUUGGCGGCAGCAGAUAAAUAUGCACUUGAACGGCUGAAGAUCAUGUGUGAAGAAGCUCUGUGUAGUAACCUCUCAGUAGAAAAUGUGGCAGACAUUCUGAUUCUCGCAGAUUUGCACAGUGCAGAACAGUUGAAAGCACAAGCAAUAGAUUUCAUUAACAGGUGCAGUGUUCUUAGACAGCUUGGCUGUAAAGAUGGAAAAAACUGGAACAACAGCCAAGCCACAGACAUAACGGAAACCGCAGGAUGGAAAUCGAUGAUCCACUCCCAUCCCCACUUAGUUGCUGAGGCCUUUCGGGCUCUGGCCUCUGCACAGUGUCCGCAGUUUGGCAUUCCGCGCAAACGGCUAAAACAGUCAUGAAAUCUUCCAUGAACUCUCGGGAACUAAUGCCUCCUCGUCCAUAUCCAGAAGGGGGUUUUGCAAACCAUCUGCUCGAAUAUGUGACCCUUCUCUGCAGAACAGAACCAGAAAGCUUUUAAAGAACGGAUAAAUAUAUGGUUUAAUAAUCAGCUUUAAAUCAGACUGAUAAUUCUCCAGUUCACUGAAAGGCCUUAACGUCAACUAUUCUAGUUCAUUUGUGAUUUUCCUGGUUUUUUUGUUUUUUAAAUGGUGCCUUGUCGUUUUUGACUCGGCUUUGUAGGAUUGCACUAGCUCCAUAAGGCAGUAAUGCUGAUCAACAAAAAGCGUUUUCAAAAGAAUCUUCUUCUCCUUUCCUUUUUUUUAAAAAAAAAAAUCCCAAAUGAAGAUUAUCAGUUGGUCUUAUGGUAACUGGAUUUCAACUAGCCCCCUGUUAAAAGCACUUGAACUGGGGGCAAACAUACGCUCCAGUCCAAAAUAUUAUAUUUAGGAUGCAUCUGCCUAUCUUCAGAGAGUGCUGUCAGGCAUGCGGUGGCAAUAUACUACUCUGAAUAUAAUUUAUUUUUCAUUGGUUCAGGUGACUGAGGGAAAUAUGCAAUGUUUUGGCUCAGAAAUGUAUUUUACUAGUAUUUAUAAAUGCUUACUAUGUGAGUGUGCCCAUCAGUGAAAAAAAAUAUAUAGUUUUUUUUUUUUUGGCCCAUGUUGCUUUAUAAUCCAUUGUUCUUUUACCUUGUACUGAACCAGAGCGAGAGUUAGUACGGAGAGGAUAUAAGGGAUAUGUGCUGUGGAAGAAAUGGUUAUUUCUCAAAUAGAAUACAUGGAAGGUUGAGGAUGCUUAGGAGCGACCAAAUGUUGAUUUCAGAAAUGGGCCAAAAUGGAAUCUCAGUAUGCACUUUUAAUGUGUAACUUUUGUAUGUUGUGUGGUACAUAUAUAUUUUGGUUUUGAUAAAUAUGGUACAGUACUUGUGGCCUAACUUUUGAAAUACAUUAAGAUGCCCACAGCCACAUGGGAUUUAGUUUUGUUACUGCAAACAAGGAGCGCAUGACUUAGAGAUGCUGAUUUUAACUUAAUAUCUUCAAAUGUUCAUGUUAGAACCCAUUCUGUUUUCACACUUUGGAUAGGCUUAGCUCUGUUUCCUUAGUGUGUGAACGCACAAGCCUACUCUCUAGUGGAAAUUGCACAGACACACACUUAGCAGGAAGAAUAGAAGUCUGAAAUGUCAGUAUUUAUAAGCACUGACCUGCUCUUUUUAGCCUUCAUUAUUGUAUUAGCAUUGUGGAUGGUAUUGAAAUUCUGCCUAAUGUGAAAAGGAUCUUAUAAACAACCUUGUCAAUUGCUUGUAAUGGAGAAAGGAUUUUUAAUUAUUACUCUAAUUAUUGUUACUAUUCAAAAUUUAGCUUUAAUGCCAAUACUUUUGGUGUGUGUAUUAGCAUUGUUUACAAUUGGAGGGAUUUCUCUGCAACAUGCACAUUAGAAAUGUUUUAUUAUCAUGGAUUUACCUUAAUAAUGGUGAUGUGAUAUAUCUGUUUUGUGGGGAAAAUUGUAUUGAAUCAUAAGUAAAGGGAAUUUCCCGUGCUUUUGCAUAAAAGGUUUUAGGUAGCCCAUUUGACUGACAUGCUCAAUUAAUGAAGGUUUCCUUAGUUUUUCAAAAGAUAUUCCCUCUGUUUUCAGCAAGGAAGCAUUAAUUCAAAGAUUUAUUCUGAAAGAUUAUUAUUCUGAAUAUAUGUAAAGAACAGUAGGGAGCAAAAAAAAAGUACUUCCAAACCAAUACUAAAACUUGAAACAAAUCCCCAUCCCUCAACUCUUUCUUUCAGAGGAAAGGUCAGUGCAGAAUUUGAACAUGCAUCCUUGAAGCGCCGUUAAAAGGACUAUUUUAGAUGCACUUCUGUGGUUUCAAUGGGCCUGAACAUUACUCAGUGAACCAAAGUGGUACAGCAGUGUUCUAUCCAGAGAGGUGUUAUAGUUUGUAAUAUUUCUAGGAAGUUUCUGUUUAUCUAAAUUAAGAUCAUGUACAGGUAGGUGUUCUUACCAGUGAAAGUAAAAGAAUGUAACGUCCCGCAGUAAUAAUAGAAGAUUUUGCUGCACGGUAAACAACAUAUUCAUAUAAGCAACUUUGCAUUUUGAAUGUUGCAGCUAUAAUAUAAAAGUGACUUGAAUAUUUAAUAGAGUAAUUGUCCAUUUCAGCUUCUUCUGAUAGUAUUUGAUACAGCAGUCAAGAAGAACAUCUUAAACAUUUUAAAAAUCUUCAUAGCACACUUUGUACCAAAAAUAUCAAGCACUGUGUGAUAAGAAUGAAAUACUUGUUUAAAGGCAUCUUAUAAAAAAUUACAAGACGUUGCCAUAGAUGACCAUAAUAGCCAAUCGUAUGAAUUGAUCUACAGUAAUAUAUUGUUUUACUUGUUGGCUACAGCAAAGAGUAAAAUUAGUUAUUUUCUAUGGAUAUGCUAAUCCAUCUUUAUUUUCUCAAGGAACCACAUUCAGUGUUUGCAUUUUUCCAAAAGAGCUGACAAGAACAAUCUGUAUUUUCCAUGUUUCUGUACCUACUGGCUGAAAUCUGGAAAGUUUGUGAGGAUGGAGAAGCCCACCCCCUAUCUCCAGAUUUUUAAGUCAAAUAUCACACUGCUGUGUUUGGCUUGCCUGUUCUACUCCUCUCCAUCGGCCUUCAGUAUCAGACCUCUUUCCCUGACCCCAAAGAGAGCAGCCUGCAUGUGUUGUGUUAUGGUGUAUGAGUUUUGUAAGAUUUGUUUUCUGAAACAUGGGACUUGGAUUUCUGCUAAAAAUGAUAGAGUUACCAUUUACAUUACUUAUGUCGAUGUUUUUCAAUGAAGGAAGCCUCAGUAACUCAUCUAGAUUUUGGCAGUCCAUUUACUGCACGCUGACAUAUAGUGGCCGGUGGCUUUUUGAAAUGCAAGCUGAUGAAAUGAAAAAAAAAAUGGAAAGUUAUGGGAGAAAAAUCUAGACAGAAAGACUGAUAUAGAAAUCAUGAACAUUGUUUCUGACCUGCUCAUCACAGUUGUUCAUUUCAAAAACUGGACAUGCCAAAUAUUUUUUUAAAGACACACUUAUCUCUUGUAACCAAUUGCAGGUUGAAAACAGCUCUGGAUAUCCUAGAAAGGGGAUUAUUAAGAUGAGGCAUAGCUAAGGUAUGCGUUGCUGCUUUUGUUUUGUAAUUCCUUGAUUUAAGUAUGGCAAUGUGAUCAGUAAUGGCUAUUUGAGAGUAAUUGGCAAGGCACUGAUGGCUCUAUUAUGAAGGAGUUCCUUCACGUUCAAAGAUAGACAUUUUUGUCUAAUUCCUACAGAAGAUAUUAGGAUAACUAGUGGGGCAUGCUUGGUUUUAAGGCUAUAAAAGAUUUCUUAAACCAAUUGAUGUGUAGCCCAAAUUUAAUUUUUAUUGACUGGAUUGAUCAGAAUCCUUCCUAUGGACUCUCAUUAGUUUCAGCACAUAGUACAGUUGCGUUGAUUUUCUUGCUGUUUUGCUUGCAGCAAGUGGACUAUUUCUGAAAUGGAUGCACAUUAUUUUUAUCAGUGUUUGUUGUGGUUGCGUUUAUCAUGCUCUUGUAGUCUAGUUUAUGCUGGAUUUUGAUAUGUCCCAAUGAAGGUAUAUUUUUGAGUCCUGUUUUAGAAUUGAAAGAUUGAAAGAAUUCAAGCCUGUGCUUAAUUGGAAAUUAUCCACAUUACCUAUCAUGUUAAGACACUUGCAUCAAACCAUCCAGCCUUUUAUAUCUGCCUGAUGUUAACAGUGAAAUACUUCAGUGAGAUACUUUUUGUACCUUGUUGCUGAAAAUAUUUUUGCAUUUCAGGACAUCAAGUUACAAUAAAGUUGUUACUUAUAAAGAAA